UCGCCUUCUGGCUCCAGGGCCCGUUUUACGGCAUUUUACGGCUUCCCAUUCACUUCGCUGUGAAGAUGGCGUCUGGCAGCGGGACAAAAAACUUGGACUUUCGCCGAAAGUGGGACAAAGAUGAAUAUGAGAAGCUCGCGGAGAAGAGACUCACAGAAGAGAGAGAAAAGAAGGAUGGAAAACCAGUGCAGCCAGUCAAGCGGGAGCUUCUACGGCACAGGGAUUACAAGGUGGACUUGGAGUCCAAGCUUGGGAAGACAAUUGUUAUCACCAAGACGACCCCACAGUCUGAAAUGGGAGGCUACUACUGCAAUGUCUGUGACUGUGUGGUGAAGGACUCCAUUAACUUCCUGGAUCACAUUAACGGAAAGAAACAUCAGCGCAACCUGGGUAUGUCCAUGCGUGUGGAACGUUCCACUCUGGAUCAGGUAAAGAAACGAUUUGAGGUUAACAAGAAGAAGAUGGAAGAGAAGCAGAAAGAUUAUGAUUUUGAGGAAAGGAUGAAGGAGCUCAGAGAAGAGGAGGAAAAGGCUAAAGCAUACAAGAAAGAGAAACAGAAGGAGAAGAAAAGGAGGGCCGAGGAGGACUUGACUUUUGAGGAGGAUGAUGAAAUGGCAGCUGUGAUGGGUUUCUCUGGCUUUGGUUCCACCAAGAAGAGUUACUGAAGCGUUCUCUUUGGCCUAACUUUGGCCUAUACUGGACCUAACUUUGAGUGUGUGUUGAGGUGGGGUGGGGGUGUCAUUUCUUUUUUGGGUACUGGAGAAGGUCCUUAAGAGUGUUAAUGGGCAGGGCUAGAGGGUGGGUGUUUGUGGUUUCCCUCUACAUUGGGAGAGGGCACAGGAUGUAGAAGAGAUGCUGUGGCAUAGUCCUUCAGCCUCAGUAAUUACUGGAGUCACAGAACCUCUGCCCAUCUGUGUUCCCAAUAAAGAAAGACCUCCCUCUUCGA